CUGACACUUCAUGUCCGUGCAUUUUUGUCUGGCUCCGUAAUGAUUUUUAUUUUCACAAUACAAUAAAACGUUUAAAGUGUAACAAGAACAUGGAGGUGUUUAACAAGUUCUAUUCGUCAGUUAGUAACACAGUGUCUCAAUUAUCCGGAGUUUUACCCGGAAAUCCUGUGACGAGAGAAUUUGAGGCUACACAGUUCAUAGCAAGCGCUGGUCCAGGGCUCCUAUGGAAAAUAUACAAAGGCUAUAAAAAAUCAACAAAGCAAGAAGCAUCAAUAUUUCUAUUUGAAAAGAAACAUUUGGAAAGAUGGUCAAAACAAGACAGAGAUAUAAUGUUGGAGACUCUAAAACGGGGCAUUAUACAGUUGACAAAAUUACGCCAUCCGCAGAUUCUCACAGUACAACACGGACUUGAAGAGAGCAGGGAGAGUCUUGCAUUUGCAACAGAGCCGGUGUUCGCCAGCUUAGCCAAUGUGCUUGGUAAUACGGAGAACAUGCCACAACCAACACCAAGUCACUUAGUCAACUAUAAACUUUACGAGCUUGAGAUUAAGUAUGGUUUGAUGCAGAUAGCUGAAGGGUUAUCGUUCUUACACAAUGAUGUAAAGCUUCUCCACCACAACAUAUGCCCGGAGUCUAUCAUAGUUAAUCAACAAGGAGCCUGGAAGAUAUUUGGUUUCGAUUUCUGCAUUGCUAACCAAAGUCCGCCAGGGUCAGCUCCGUUUUGGCCUUUUAAUGAGUACUGUCCUGCUAUGCCAGCUUUAACGCAGCCAGUUCUUGAUUAUUUGGCACCAGAAUACGUACUUUCUGCUACUCAUUCUCCUGCCAGUGACUUAUAUUCUCUUGGCAUGGUGAUUUAUGCCUUGCAUAGCACUGGACAUCAGACAUUGGGUAAUGUAGGCAAUGAUUACGGGAAAUUCAAGAGAUUUGUGAAUGAGAUUAGAAAUCUGUCGCCUUCGAGAUUGUCUUGUGUGACUGACGGCUUGAGGGAGUAUGUGAAGCUGCUGUUGAAUGUUACGCCCGAAUUAAGGCCAGAUCCUCAUCAGUUUUUGAAAAUUCAGUAUUUCGAAGAUGUUGGUGUGAAGACACUAAAUUACUUGGACUCCUUGUUCCAAUGGGACAACCUUCAGAAGUCUCAGUUCUACAAAGGUUUACCACAGAUAAUACAAAAGAUGCCGCAUCGUAUCUGCAUCUACCGCAUCCUGCCUUGCCUUACCAAAGAGUUUGUUAACCCGCCCAUGGUUCCCUUCGUCCUCCCCAACGUUUUACUCAUCGCUGAAAACAGUACGAAAGAAGAAUAUAUAAAAUACAUUCUCCCUGUCCUAAAGCCAGUGAUGAUGAUACAGGAUCCUAUACAGAUCCUCCUGAUAUUCAUGCAGAAAAUGGAGCUGCUUUUAAAGUUGACUCCAGGAGAGGAAGUGAAAUCGGACAUAUUGCCAAUGUUGUACAGAGCGCUGGAAUCGGAUGCCCAACAAAUCCAGGAGCUGUGCUUAUCCGUUCUACCAACAUUUGCGUCUUUGAUUGAUUACCCAGCUAUGAAGAAUGCUCUCCUGCCGCGAAUAAAGAAAUUGUGUAUGAACACGAACUAUAUAUCGGUGAGAGUAAACUGUUUGCUGUGCUUGGGCAAAUUGUUGGAGCAUUUGGACAAAUGGUUGGUGUUGGAUGAGAUUAUACCGUUUCUACCACAAAUACCUUCAAGGGAACCUGCGGUGCUUAUGGGGAUUUUAGGUAUCUACAAGUUGGCCCUCAGUCAUUCCAAGCUAGGCAUCACCAAGGAGGUGAUGGCUACGAAGGUUCUCCCGUUCCUCAUUCCUCUCUGUGUGGAGAACGGUCUGACGCUGAACCAAUUCAACGCCCUCAUCACGUUGGUUAAGCAGAUGAUAUCCAAGGUGGAAACAGAGCAUAGAGCCAAAUUGGAACAACUGAAUUCUAUUAAUAAUGAGUCUAAGAUAAUGGAGCAGACAAUGUCUCCAUCAUCAGACACCCUGGUGUCGGCUCCCGCGCCGCCUUCCGACCUGGACAAGAUGUUUUCGGGGCUCGGCAUAGACCCCUUCUCCUUCAACCAGGCUAAGGAAAAGGAACCACCAGCCACGCCAGUCGUCACCAAUAAUGGAAGACUUACUAUUGAGGAUAAGCAGAGGAUAGCGCAGCAGCAAGAAAACGUUAGGAAAUUCUCGAACCAGCAACAGCCGAAAGCUAUUCCUGCACCUCGGAGCACUGCAUCGGCGCACAAACCAGUAGACCUGGCCGCGACCCUCUUACAAUCAAACCUAAAUCAACUCUCGAAACCCUUACCUUCAUCAGUACCACAUCCUGUAACUCCAAGUCAAAGCAUGACACCAUUAUCCAACACACAUUUCACCAACACAGGUAUGGCCGCGAAUUCCAAUUUCGGUUUUCCAAACCAAUUCACUGGGUUUGAUACACAACCAGCUUUACCAUCAAACUGGAAUGCGCCAUCUUCAGGGAAUUUCAACAAUAAAUGGGCCAAUAAUCAAACUCAGUCGCAAGCUAAGAAACAGGACUGGUCGGCCUUCGAAUCUCUAUUACCAACUCCAAAUAAUAAUACGACAACUUCAAAUAGUAACGUAAAACCACUGUCAGAUAAUGAAAUGAUGGAUCUUUUGAGUUAAAUUCAAAUUGUUCGGUUAACUUCCUAUUGUUUGGGUUGCCAGACAAAAAUUUCCUAGAAACUAAAUUGUGGGAUGUGUCCAUGCUGUUUAUGAGCUCAUAAGGCUACCACGUGAUUUAAACAAAUAAAGAAAAAAAAAAUGAAAUUUUU